UGUCGUCACUUUUGUUUUGGUCGAAGGAAGUUGCUGAACAGGCGGAUUUCUAGAAUUGCACAGUAAACGAAAGGGUUUUUACCCGUAAUAUUUUCGUUCGAAGGCUCAUUUAUUUCUUGGAAACGCCUCGAGUUAUUCAAAUGACCGACAGGGUCAAAGUAAAGGCCAGAUUCAAUGGCAUUGCUCGGCGAUUCGAGAUCAGUUCUCCCACAUCCUGGGAGGAAUUAACGUUUCAAAUAAAAGAACUGUUUGAUGUGCAAGAUUUCACGUUGAAGUAUAUUGACGACGAAAACGAAUUGGUCACGAUUGGAACACAUGUGGAACUUGAAGAAGCACUAAAGGUCACUCAAAAAACAGGUUUAUUUAGACUAGUAGUGGAGAGUCCCUCUGAUCCACAAACAUCUGUGCCAGGAAUUGAAAGUCUUAAAGAUUUACUGGUAGAAAGUGAGGAAGACACACCUGUGCUUCAAGCCCAGAAACGUAAGUUAAUCUUCAACACUACCACUCCAUCAGAGCUAAGCAGUGCCUACAAGACGGCAAAAAUGGAUGAUGCAGAAUGCCAAGAAACUGUAAUCAAAGCAAACUCAAAUUUUCAAGAAGCUGAAAAAGACUCCCAAUUUGAGACAGCUGAAAAGGAACCAUUACCAACUGAGGGGAAUGAAAUAGUGAAUGGCAGAGGUGAUUCAAAAGUGGUAGAUGAAACUGUGGAAUCUGCAGGUGUACUGCAGAAUCCUUCAUCCACAGGGCCACCAACACAUGAGAGGAUAGCUGACGAGUCCACAGCUGACCAAUAUAUCCCUUUAAUUGAACUAAUGCAGCCAGUUCCGAGUAAUCCUUCUCAAGCUUCAACUUCAUCUUUUGGGAAACCCAGAAGAGCUCCAAGAAAACCUAAGGCAAAGAGCUGCUAUUUACAGUUGGCUGAGAAUAUUUCUGAUGAGUUGGCAACCAUGAAUGAGAAGCUUCACAAACGAUUGCGGAGUUCUCUAGAUGUUUUAAAGAGUGAAGAACAUGUUCCUAUGGAGGGACUUGGAGAUUUUGGAGAAGAUUCAUAUGUGUUUGUUCCACAGCAAGGUGAUAUGACUGCUGCUACUGGAACUGUGAAGGUAGAGAAUGAGAAGUUGUUGUCUUCUCCCAAUGAAUCAAAUGAAAGCCAACCAAAAGCAGAAGGAGAAGGGGAAGUUGAAAUGACUGCCAAUCCUGAUGUUUUGAACCCAUCAGCCAGUGGCAACAAAUGUAAUCAGGGCAGUGUUGAUCAAGAAAAAAUGGCAGAAGUCGUUCAACGAGUGGUGCAAGAGUCAGUGCCGCAAAUAGUGGAGGCAGCAAUGAAAAAUCUGCAGCAACUUCACCUCAGCAGUCCCUCACCAAGCUCCUCGCCCACACAAACAUGUGACAUAUUGGCCUGGGGUAAAGUUGUUCAUAAAGGUAUAGUUUGUGCUUCAUGUGGCCAAGCUGUCUGUGGAAUCCGAUACAAGUGCUGUUUCUGCAGAGAUUACGACCUGUGUGAAGUGUGUGAAGGAAAAGAAGGGAUUCACGAUCCUAAUCAUUUCUUUGCAAAGCUGCGAAACCAUGUGCCAGGAAUAGGACUGAAAAAUGGAGAAAUGGUACCAGUGUUGAAACAUUUUGUGUACAAGAUGACAGUUAAAGAAGGGUACAAAAAGGAGAAGAAAGAAGAGAGAAGGAAGGAAAAAGAUGAAAAGAAGGAAAGGAAGAAGGAGAAACUGAUCAUUAAGGAAAGAGAAAAAGAGAAGAGAGAUGUUAAAAGAAAGAUAAAGAAGGAAUGGAGGCAAAUACGAGAGAGUGAUGCUGACACUUCUAUGGGAAAUUGCCUUAAUGCAGAGUUCAUAGCCGAUGCCAGCAUACCUGACGGUACAGUUAUAAAGGCAGGACAUAAGUUUCUGAAACGUUGGGUUGUGAAGAACAAAGGUCGAAAGUGGAAUGCUAAGACAGUGCUUCAGUGUCUAGAGGGUAACAUCCUAGUUGCUACAGAAGAAAACAAAGUUGAGGUACCGUCCUUGAAACUAGAUGAAGAAGGUGAACUUAUGGUGCCGUUCAUUGCUCCAUUAGCACCUGGGCGUUAUGAAAGUAAAUGGCAGCUGUGUCAUCACAGUAUCCCAUUUGGCCCUCUGUUCUGGUGUCAGAUUGUUGUUGAAGAGGAGAAAGUUGAAAGUGAGAUGCUGCUUAAUCAGGACAGCCCAACAGAGACAGAAGCCCCUAAGUACCCCAGUUAUGACAGCACCACCCUGAUUAACAGUGCAUUCCCUGAACGCGACACCUCCCCUGUCAGGAAGCUUGUGGAGGACUUAGUUCUUCAGGAACCAAUGGCCGAGGAACCGGACGAAGCAUCGGGAUCAGACGUAUACCUUAGUUCUACCGAGGACACAGCAGAAUUCGAGAAGAUUAGGCUGCCGUUAGAAUCUGUGACCGUGUCCUGCCAAACUGCUCAGGUCUCCGAGCUGGAGUGGGAUGCAGCUGGGUGUGGCUUGGAAGCAGAGUCCUUUGACAGAGCUGAGAUAGAGGAGCUCGUGGCUUGUGCUGUGGAAGAUGCAACAAGUGACGUCGAAAGCAUCGCCACUGAUAUGUCCGACGAGUUCAUGGUGGUACCCGUCCCUCCUUGCUUUGACCCAAACGCCCCCCUGACUGCAGAUCCCUCCCCCGUAACUGUUAGUGUCACAGAAUAUAAGCAAAUGACCGAGAGUCAACAAAGAGCAUUUUCAUUUACCCUCAGCGAUCAGCCCCCUCUUAAAACCGAGCUUGAUAGAGUUCCUGGUACUACUUUUUUCAUCGAUCAAAGGAGUGUGAGCAGUGACGACACUAGUAUGGAGACAAUUUCCAGGACCACUGUCGAUGAGGAUGACAAAGUGUUUGAACCGUUAAAUGACUCAAUCCCACAUCUUCCUGAUCCACCUGUGUCAGAACCACGGUUGGAGGGUCCUAUAGCACCGGAGGAACCUCCAAGAGACUUGAACUACGAACCCACUCAACCCGAAAUGCCCAUCAUAACUGAGCCUGUAAACGUCCCUGCUCCUGAACCAGCGGCACGCGAUGAGGACGAAAGUGAUGUUAAUGAAGAUGACAACGGUGAUAAUGAUGAUGAGAGGACGGAGGCUCCUGCAGUACCAGAUGUCACCUCGCAGCCAAUAGCAGCACAACCUGUCUCCAGCAGUGAUGAACCCGCUCCUGUUGCCUUGCAGCCAGAACCAUCCUCUCCUGUCGUGAUGGUCCCUACUACUGUUCCCGUUAGUGAAGUCAUGGUUGUGAAGCGAGUCCGUCAGAACAGUGCUAGUAGUGAUUUUGCUUCCAGUGUGGUGUCCGAUGUAUUGUCCACGGCGAUAGAUGCCGCAGCCAGCGCAGGAAGGGCCGUUUACACUACUGUGGAGAAUUUCCUUUCUGGUGUACCAAAACCUGAGGCGACUGCAACAUACAAUCCCGCGCAAGGAUGUGAAGUGUCCGUUAAUCGGCCAUCAGAGGCGGAACCAUCUUCUAAUGAGGCUCCUGUAGUAAACGAAGUAACCUGGCCUCCUGGUCGAUCCACUUCUACCUGCCAUGAAUGUCUAAUGGAGAUGGGCUUUUGCAAUCGCAGGCUCAACGAACAGCUGCUGGAGAAACAUAACAACAAUGUAGCGAACGUUGUCAGUGAAUUGUUGUCUUUAACUGACAACGACUGGUCGACGCGAAGGCACUAAAGAAGAAAGCUGGGCGGCUAAUUUUUAUCUUCACCUUUUAUCUGUUAUCUUUGCAUAUAUUGAUGUUUUUUUUUUCUGUUGGGAGCGGAGAGUCUUAUUAUUUCCUUUAAAUUUAGCCCUUUGGACCUCGCCUUGAAGACCGAGAAGGCAAGAACAUCUACGCGUUUUGAAGCUUUGUCUUGGGUUUUGCAUCCUAAGGGAAUUAGCCAAAGUUUUCAAUCUUGGUCGAUCUUCUCUAUCCAAGGCCACCGUUGUUCCUAACAGUUUUAACGUUCCUUUUAUUGCAUUUUUCUCUCUUGCCAAAGUAGUAUUUUGUAGACUCCUCUAAGUCGCAGAUAGAUUUGCACGUUGCUAAAAUAGCUCCUAAAUACUGAUAUAGCUCCUGCAAACUUCGAAAAACGCUAUGUAAUUUGGAUGAAUUCGAAUAACUCGGAUUAACUUUUAUAAAAGGUUGCUUUGUUUAUACUUGCACUCAAGAGUCGUGGGGAAUCUUUUCAGUCUUUAGGGUUGUUGGUUUUAGGAAAAAGAACGGUCCGUGAAAAGUUAAGGUUUUGGCCCUGCAGGUAUCGCUUUUCAUUUGUUUGUCACGCAAACUUAAAAAGUCACGCAAACGUCUUUGACAGAAGCUCUCUAGCCGACCGCACUUUCGAAUGAUCAUUUUGAACAUCUUUGUUGCGGAAGGAAUCUUCAGGUUCCUUAUUUGUAUAUAGACACUGGAACGGUCUGUAAGCAGAGGUACAUUGGUUAGGAAUUUGUCGUUUGAUUCUGUUUUUUUUUUUCUAUUAAGGAUGAAUCGCUAGCCAGGUCGGCGUGUCUUAAUUGUAACGCGGAGUUCUUGGGCAAAUUUUUUUGAAAAGAUGUAGUUUCAAUUUCUUACCUGGCCACUUGUCAUCUUGAAAAUGAACACGUCUUCAUCUUCAUAUGACCAGUCCGAUAUAUUUCUAAUUUGUAUACUUGACUUUAUGGAAUAUACGUAAAUAGUUAUAUCUAUGAGGGUCACUGGAUUGACUAUAUCCAUGGUCAGUUAAGACAAGCAGUGUUAGAGUGAGCUUAGAAAUGUAAAUAAAUACUUGGCAAUCUGGGA